UGAUCGGCAUCACGGCAACACGGCAAUUAAAGCUUUUGCCAAACAAAUCCCAACGGGUUUUGCUAUGAUCAGUCUUACUCAGCGUCGAACAUCAGCACUCUGAGCGUUCGAAUAUCCACCGGUCUUCAAAUCUUUCAUCGAAUAUGGGUGCAAGCGUGAAGGAGAAACAGACGGAUGCAAAAAAGAGUACAACAAAACGACGGCCUGGGAGAACCGCAACCUCCUGCGCUGAAUGUAGACGUCUCAAGCUGAGAUGUGAUCGACAAGUACCAUGUGGAAAAUGUGUUUCCAGAGGAUGCGCUGCAAUCUGCCCUGAUGGCUCCUUGACGGCGGGAAAGGGUAAUAGAUUGGUCCUUGCAAAUACAGAGCAACUCCAUGACCGUAUUGAACAGCUAUGCUCAAGAAUUCGCGAGCUCGAAAGCGCCCUUCGUGGUGCACAAGCUCAGCUAUCAGAAGAGGAGCACCCUUUACUUCGAUCCGAACUGUUGCAACUCAAGUCUCCACAUACUGUGUAUCCGAAAAACAAACCCGACCAUCAAAUAGCAGACACUUCAAUAGCCAGUGGCAUUCAUCCGUCCCCUUCUCAGAACGAUUCGACCUCAACUAAGAAUCCAGAAGAUGAAAAUCUAAUUGACGCAUUUGGCACUCUCUCUAUCCGCGAAAAUGGCGAGACCCAAUUUCUCGGUCAAACUGCUCGCUCAGAAUACCUCAUUCGUGCUCUUGCGAAACCGCAAAAAUCAUCCAUUCCCAUAUCUUGCACCCGUCUGUCUCAAAAGAUCAUCAACGGCGCUCAUUUUUGUCGUGACGACAGCGAACCUAAUUAUAGUAGCUCAAUUACAUCUGAGCGGGACACAUACGAACUUGGUCAAGAAGUAUUCGGCUUACUUCCGCCACUUUCGGAGGCGAUACGGUUAUGUGAGGUCUAUCUAGAAUAUGGGAAAUACAUGUAUACACCGCUACCUCGAACCCAACUUUUUGAUGAAAUUUUAGCCAGCAUCUAUCGUUCAGACUCAUUUGAUACAGUUAGAUGCUACCACUCCCUCUCUCUAAUCUUCAUUAUAUUCGCUAUAGCUUCUCUUUUCGACCCCAGUUUACCCUCUUGCUCCGUACAAGCACAAGAAUAUUUUUAUUUAUCAAAAGCUGCAUUGAGUUUUAAUUCGCCGUUUAGUCAUACAACGUUCAAAAGCAUCUGGUGCAUGCUUCAUAUAGCACAGUUCCUCGAAUUUAGUGACUGGGAAGCUAUGGGCUCUACUGCUGGUUGGGCAUAUAUUGGACAUGUUGUGAGGAUGGGUACUAGUAUUGGAUUUCACCUCAACAGUUCUCGAUGGAGCCUUCCGCAAGAAAUUCAGCAGAUGCAAUAUCGUCUCUUCUGGACUGUCUUCACUGCAGAUACAUGGUCGAGCUUCUAUUAUGGUCGCCCUCCAUCGUUAUCUCGGGCUUACGUUGACUGUCCGCUGCCAAAAGAUACAGAGGAGUUUGUCAGUGCAGAUGGAGAACGCGAGCCAGGAUUUCACUACUGGAGCUGGCAAUUCACCGCCUUCGUACACGCCAUUAUGGAAGAGACCUUCGGCUCCAGUCGACCUGCAUACAGCAACAUCAUUGAUUUUGAUCGAAAAAUUCGAGAUUUUCCUAUUCCUGUCAAUCUGAGAGUGAAAUGCGGUGUUUUGGAGACUAGACAAGACUUAUAUCUGCAAAGGCUAAUUGUUAUGUGUUAUAAAGAGAACAUGCUAAUGCACCUCCAUCGUGCAUACUUUGCACAAGCACUGCAAGAUUCUCCCGAUGACCUCACAACGCAUAAAUAUGUCGCCUCGGUGAUUGCGACAUACCGUAGUGCGUGGCGGCUCAGUAAGGCGAUGCAGAUUGCCUGGAUGCACAUCCCGCAUCUCCUUGCGCGAUACCAUCUGGCAUGGAGUCAGGUGCUAAGCUCAGCGAUUGUGAUGUGCAUCCUAGUCACCCGAGCACCAAAUUCCAAAAUGACGAAGUCUUCGGUGGAAGAACUGGACGGGAUGACAUCUCUCUUUGAGGAAGCAGCACCGACAUCACGUAGUGCUGCUAAUAUCUUAGAUACCAUGCGGAAUCUCCGUCGUAAAGCGCGGGAGGUGAUUGAUACCGCAGCUUCUCCAGAUGGGACAAGUAAUAAUAGUGGUAGUCCUGCUGAAUCAUCCUCUAUACAAUCAGGAUCAGAUCACUCGCCGAGUACUCGUUCACCACCAUGCGCCGUUUCGUUCACCAGCACGGCUGACUUGAAAGAGGCACAAGGCAUCCCAUUGUCGACCUUCGAGCUUGACCGAUUAGGUGGACGAACACAUCUAAUUUCGUCUUGUAAAAGCUCAAAGCCCUCAACGCCAGUGGAAAAACCUGCAUCUCCGCCCGGUUCAUCAGAUACUGGUUCUGAUGCUCAUCCUAGCCCGGAGAGUCAGGCUUCGCUCCCCACGUCUAUAUCUUGGGCUCAUGGAGAAAGUCUGGCCUCUUCCUCCCAGCAGCAUCUACAACAGCCAGCCCCCGUUCAGAAUCUCCACCCAACCAUUGUCCAAGACAUUCGAAAUAUUGAGAUGGAUGUUGAUAUGAACUUCGGAGGAUUUGAGCUUCAUUUCUUAGAUCCACCUACUGCCAAUCGGACAGAGACCGAACAGCCGUUUGGGCUUUCUCUGGGGCAACAAGGGGGCCACGACAUGUCUCAGCUUGGAAAUGCAAGCCUGAGGUAUCCUACGGCUCUAGCUGGAUCACAGAACCAAGAUAUAGCAACAAGCUCUUCUUCUCAUUACUCUGGAAUGUCUGGCAUGGCUUUUGAUUAUAUGUCAAUGGGAGGAGAGGACACGAGCCUUCACAUGGGUGACCUGUCUACCAUGGGAGGAGGGGCUAAUGUGUUUGGACAUUCUAUGGUGUCACCUUCAUUCUCGACAGGCACAUUCUCAACCCUUGGGCAUCCGCCGGCCAAUGCACAACUAUUGCCUGGAACACCAGUUUUGGACGCAUCGUGGCAGAGUUUCGUCGAGCAGUUGGGAUUUUGAAUUUCUUAUCUUUCUCCUUUUCUCCGUCGACCUCUUGCAUAAUCUGAGCUCCAUUGUAUAUGUAUCACACGCUAUUUUUAUUAUUGUACUCGAAGUAAUAACUUGUAGAAGUAUGUGCAUGUUGGAUAUGUACAGUCUCGCAGGAUAGGAUAGGAUGUAGUAUAUGAAAAAUUGCCCAUCUCAAGCACAAUAAUUGCGAGAGGAAAGGACGUAUUCGAACGAAGGAACUGUCUGCAGAAUCGCAUGCGCAACUGUUCGAACUUGAACAGGACAAGCAGUUAA